AUGCCAAAAAAAGCAAAAAGAGAGGAAAGGGGAGUAAGCGAAGAUUACGCAUACUUAAUCAGCCAGGGAUACUUUGCCGAUCUGUCAAUUAGUGAAAGAGGAUACAAAACGUUUUUAAAGAGUACAUCUCUCUUUUAUGCACAGGACUCUCUCAAGACAGCAUGGCUUCUAAAACAAGAGGCAAACUCUGUCUACUACGAUAACCCUCCCAAGGCAUACAGACUGUGGCUGGAGUCUCUGCUGCUGUACAUGGAGGCACAAAGGAGCCUUGCAAACAGCCAAGAGCUGAUCAUCGAGGUAAUUGCAUUUGCGGAGUCAAUAUCCAAGUUUAUACAGCCUAACCACGUAAGAGCUAGGAGGAUAUUUGUAACUGUAAAGAUAUCCCUCGAAUAUCACUUAGCAAACAUUCAGAGCCAUUUUUCUAGAGUGAACAGCGUAAUUCAGAGGGCGUAUUUAAAUAAAGUCGUUGUAAUACCGCACACCCAUCUGGGGAUGUACAUAAAAGAGAGCUUGAACAGCAUAUAUUACAACUGA